AUGACAUCUAGCUUUGUGCUCACCACUAUCUUAUAUGUUGAUGACAUAAUAUUGGCUAGCAGUGAUGCAAACCAGAUUCAGCAGAUCAAGGGUCAUCUACACUCUACUUUCCAAAUAAAAGAUUUGGGAAGUUUAAGAUUUUUUCUUGGACUUGAAGUUGCAAGAAAUCAAAGUGGAAUAUUGGUAACACAGAGGAAGUAUGCCUUGGAUUUGCUACAAGAAACAGGGUUUCUAGAAAGCAAACCUAUGAGAUGUCCUAUGGUGCACACUACCAAACUUUGCAGAGCUGAGGGCACAGCAUUGGAAGACAAUACUCAAUAUAGGAGAUUGGAUGCACAUAAGAUAUUAAGAUAUGUUAAGGGCUGUCAUGGACAAGGUCUAUUCUUCCCCACCAAUUCCAGCCUUAAGUUGAGUGGGUUUGCUGAUUUAGAUUGGGAAGCCUGUCCAGACACUAGAAGGUCAUUGACAGGGUUCUGCAUGUUCUUGGGAGAUGCCUUAGUGUCUUGGAAGUCUAAGAUGCAAGUUUCUUCCAAAGUAACUAUUAGAGGAACAACAGCAAGGUGGCAUCUCAACAGAAAAGUCAGUGGCAGUUAG